AUGUCACAGCUCCAACGAGAAAUGAGGACCCCCUUGAAGCAGUUUGCGCGCUCCGAGUCUCGGGCCUCCUCUGGUUCGGGUAUACGAAGCCCCAGUAUGAAAAGUCCUAAGACAGAUACCGACCCGGAUGAGUUUGACCAAGAUGUCAUGGAUAUGAGUUUUAUGCGACUGGAUGACCUAUUACGGGCAAAAUUGCAAGACAAUGACUCUCUUCCGUCCCCUAGUACAAUUACUGGUAUCUCUAUGAGUCGUCAGGAGAGCAGAGCAAAUUCGAUGAUUGGUUCCAUAAUUGAUGGCGAAGAUGAAUCCAGUGCCGCCAAUGCGGAGCCUGGCGAGGAAGGUGGAGUGAUCAAAAUAUACAAGAUUUCCGACGUGAUAGCGGCCCUUGCAAAGAGCAGGUCUAAGAUCAAUUCUUCCUCGAGGGAGUUUCUUUUGGGCGAAUUGUAUCGCAUGAUUGUGAAGAAGCCAUUGAGCACUAGUGGAGCCGUGGUUAACGAGACGGACUUGGAGCUUCUGGUUUCGUUUGUGAAAGGUGCGCGGUCUCAACUGGAAUUUGUGUUUGCACUUCGUGCUGCAGUUGCAUACAUUGCCAGCGAUGUGGAUGAGGUUGCAACCACUGCUAUCGAGCAGCUAUUUCCCGUGCUUCUCAACAAAAUAUACAGUCCCGAUGAGACGUAUGAGGGCGUGAGGUCCAGUUGUUUGAUCGCGUACGCCAGCUUAUUGCUGGUUAUUUAUGACGAGUCUCAGUGCUAUGGACUAGGAGAUAGCGUUGAGACCCUGAUGGAGCUUGCGGAUGGCUAUAGCGCUGGUGGCCUUUCCGAAAACGACGAGGAUGUGGUUGUGAACACUCUGAAUGCCAUUGCAAUCAUCAUCAGUCUCAUUUAUAAAGCCAACAGGGACGUGAACACGUUGGUUCAAGAAAAUAUUCCACAGGUCAUGACAUUCUUAUCGAGCGAGUUUAGUAAGAAAGUCCAAAAAGCUGCAGCCAUUGUGGUUGCACUCAUGUAUGAAGUGUUUGAUUUUGGCGAUGAGGAUGAUCCAGAUGAGCCGUACGACGAUUUUGAGGAUCUCAAGAGUAUCAUCAACCAAUUGGUGAGAUACUCCUCCAAGAAGGUGAGCAAGAAGGAUAAGAAGGAGUCGCGUUCGAUUUUCAGAGAGGUGCUGCACAGUCUUGAAAGAGCAGAGCCCGAAGAGGGAGAAGAGAAGGAGAUUCUUUCCAGAUUCAAAUUGAACAAGUCCAAAGCUCUUCCAAUCACCAGUUGGUUUGAAUAUGUUCGUCUGGUUCAUCUGAAGUACAUUUUCGGAUCUGAGCUCAACCUGCACUACGUUGCUUCCAAAGAGGUCAGAAACCUGCUUGCAAAGCCGGAUGACGAAAGCUCGAAGUUCAAUGUGGAUGUUGAAGAGCCUCAUAGGGAAGACAAGGCUUGGAAAACAGAGUCGGGCAGAGUGAACGACGUGAAGAGAGACCAAAAAAUCAGAGAGGCCAGAGAAUUGAAGGUGCGGGAAAAAUUCGGCGAUCUAUCAUUGGAAUAA